UAGUGUCACGGGUUGCCAGUCACUUUCCCCUCCUUGCACUCUCUGUCUCAGGCGUCAUCGCCCGGAGCAGGCAGCAGCGAUCCCCCGCCGGUAGAUCCGGCGCCGCCCCCUCACUGGAGGUAGAUCCGUUCAGGCACCAGCUAGCUCCAGUGCAAUGUCUGCAAAAUUCGCCGGCACCGGCGUGAUUCUCCUGCUGGCGCUUCUUCUUUCCGCUUCAUUAGGGGCAAGCACCAAGGUUAACUGCACGGUUCAACAGGCGAAGGAUCCAUCCUGCCCCAACCUAGACGAUGGAGUUUGUGCUAAGCAGUGCAAAUCCGAGGGAUUCACUGGGUGGAUGUGUGUGUCUAACUGCACAUGCAUAUCGUGCCCAUCUUUUGAUACUGAGAAUCACCCGGAAACCGUGGAGCUGCAGAAGCAAGGCAACAGGGGCGUGCCGGCUGCUAGUGUUGGCGCUGACCACGCCAUCUGAGACCUUCCACGGAAUGUUAGACAUAGUCUGGUGGUGCAACGCCUGGUGUUGGCAGUGUUUAGUGCUGGGCUUGCUAUCUAAUGUAAUAAGUACUAGAGAUUCGGUUUGCCCUGACAAACCUGAACUGAACAUGCUCCCUAGUUGUAUUGUCUUGACAAAUCGUGGUCACCCUUGUUCCCUAGUGGUGUCUGAGACUAGCUCUUUGUUGUGCUUAGUGAGGCUCUUGGGGCUUACUCUUUGAUGUACUAAUAAGCCAGGAUUUGGUCAUCAGACCUGAACUGAACUGAGAAUAGCUGGUUGCAUGCUUUUGCUGGUA